AUGGGAAGCCGCAGCACGUCGCGCAUCAGGAACACCGUCACUGAUGGGGGCGAGUCGUCAGCAGCCGCCAAAGACCUGAAACUUGCGCAGGAGCGAAGAAAUGGCUUUGACACAGUUGUGGGAGUUGCCGUGCUUCUGAAUGCGCUGGUUAUGGUAGUCGAUCUGGAGAGCCAGGGGAACAAUGUAGGGGUCACCAUUGGCCUACUUGAUCAAAGCAUCUGGGCAUCUGCAGCUCCUGUGAUAUUGGUUUUGGAGCACCUGUUUGUUGCCAUAUUCCUUCUGGAGUUGGCAUGGCGGAUCUAUUCGGAGAGAUUACGCUACUUCAAAGAGCUCAUGAACGUUUUCGACAGCAUACUUGUAUUGAUUGCUUGCAUUGACUUGUACAUUCUGACGCCUUUGAUCCAAACGUCUUUGAACAACACCGCAACCCUGCGCCUUCUGCGGACCAUCAAGCUGGUGCGAGCGGUACGAAUUGUGCGAGCGCUACGACUCUUCCGAGGAUUGCGACUGCUCGUCCAGGCUUGCAGCUCGUUUCUACCAUCGCUGUGCUGGUCCAUGGCGCUGCUUGGGAUUUUCAUGAUGAUGGGUGCUCUUUUCAUGGGGAACUUGUUGCAAGACUUCAUUCUUGACGACGAGAACGAUUUCGAAAUCCGAGAAUGGAUAUGGCGUCACUACGGAACAGCCUACAGGGCAAUCUACACGAUGUACGAAAUGACUUUUGCUGGUAACUGGCCAAUCUACGCACGUCCGGUUUUGGAGAAUGCUGGGCAUGGAUAUGUUGUUUUCUACAUGGUUUACAUCACUUUCGUGGUUUUUGCCGUCAUCCGCGUGAUUUCCGCCAUCUUCUUGCGAGAAACUUUAGAAGCGGCGAACAAUGACGCCGAGAUUCUAGUUCAAGAGAGGUUGCGAAAGAAGGCAACGUAUGUGCGGAAACUCGAAAGUAUCUUCCGAGCUUGUGACGAAAGCGGGGAUGGCGUUUUGACCGAGGAUGAGCUGAACGAGUUGAUGCAAGAUGUGCGGGUUCAAGUUUAUUUAGAAAGCUUGGAGAUUGACGUUCACGAGAGUACUGCUCUUUUCCAUCUGCUGCAAAAUGGUGAAGGCCAAAUAACAUGUGAUGAUUUCAUCGAUGGAAUCCUUCGAUGUAAGGGUCCCGCACGUGCCAUAGAUCAGAUCCUGCUGGCAAGCGAUGUCAAAAACUUGACGAGCAGCUUCCAGCAGCUCUACCUCGCUCUGGCAGAUGCCAAUGUAAUCGCACCUUCGAAGAAGAACAUGGGCCUGAACUCGCGGCGUGCUGGCUCUCGUCUCCAAGAUGAGCUCGCGCUCCUUCCCAGCGUUCAGAUGACAUUAUCAGGUCGGUAUGUUAUGACUUGA